AUGAUAUCCAACUUUAUGUUUGGUUUAAAACCAGAGUUAGAAAAUAGACUGGCAGUCGGGAACUACGAGAGUCUCACCGAGCUAGUGGAAAAGGCUGUGAAUGUGGAGAUCGGAUUAGAAGCUGAGAAGGCGGCAAGUAAAAAGUCCAAGCAGCAUCAAGAAGGAAAGUAUGGUGGAAAUCAAAGAUCAUUCAAGGGUAAAGAUAAGGAAAGGGAAUCAGGAGGGCCAAGUCGACGAUCUCUGUUCAUAGGAAAAUGCUUUAAUUGUGGCAAGAUAGGCCAUAAGUCAAGUGAAUGCUUUGGAAAGAAACCUGGAUCCUUUCAGUCAAACUCCUACAAUCCUACAUGCUACACGUGUGGAAAGAAAGGACACAUCUCUACCCAGUGCAGUGUCAAUCGUCCUAUCCCAGCUACACUAAUCACUGUUCAUCCUCCCCCGGCUCCACCUGCAAUCGCACCAGCGCCAAAAAGGCAAGCUAUAGGAGGUAGAGUUUACGCUUUAGAACUAGAGGAUACUAAACCUCCAGGCCCAUCUAAGGGUCCCAUCACAGGAACAUUACAUGUUGCGGGGCGUCCCACACAUGUAUUGUUCGACCCGGGGACAACACAUAGCUUUGUGACCCCUGAGGUAGCUGCCGAGUUUGUGGGAUCAUUUGUGAUUGACAGGAUGGAUGUGGCUGUGAUGAUUCCCGUAGACCAAACCCUUCAAGCAAAAGAAUGCCUCAGAAGAGUUCCAUUAGUCAUUUGCGAGAAGAUGUUCUUGGCAGAUUUGUUGGUGGUGCCUUUAAAAGGAUAUGAGGUUAUUCUGGGCAUGGAUUGGUUAUCAAGCUAUUGGGCUCAAUUAGAUUGUGGAAAAGGUCGUAUUUUGUUCAAGGAGAACGGGCAACGGCAAAUAGUGUUUUACGGGAUCAGUCCAAGCAAGUCAGUAUCUUUAGUAGCUGCCUUGAGAGUGGAAGAUUUGCUUAAGGAUGGAGAAGCGUAUCUGGUAACAGUGACUGCUAGUGAAGGACCCGCUAGCAAUGAAGUUGAAAUUACGGAUAUUGCGGUCGUACAAGAGUUUGAGGGUGUGUUUGCAGCGUUAAAAGAGUUACCUCCACCUCGGAGUAACCCUUUCACAAUUAGCAUGGAACCUUGA